AAAAGCGUUGAAGAUUACCUGAAAAAACACUAUAUCAGAACCAGAGGAGACAUGGCUGCCGCCAAAAUUCUGUAUGAGAUCAGGGAUGGAUCGGGUAAAUAUGCCACAAUCCCAAAAUAUAAGGCCACAUACUUCGACAUCAGUGAUAGAACGACAAUCACCUACCGUGCCAUUGAAAAAAUCGCAAGUACUCUGGAUUUUGAGGAUACCCUACGGCUAGUGCACCUCCCAAAACUGGAACCUUUGUCAUUCACUACACCCGCCAGGAAACCUGGCAAGACUGACAUCGAGAAGGUCUUUGAGAACCUAUUCAACGAUGUCACUAAAAUAUUCAAGGUCACUGUCGACGAUCUAUGUGACCCCCCGUACCAGGACGCGGCCAUCAAAGAGUGUCUGAAAGGCAAAAACAUCGAGACCUGGGAUUGGAAGAAGCUCGACAUGUGCCCAGACGUUAUCUUCGAGGCAGCACCAGGCCUUACAAAGCUCCAUUUGUAUUGGAGUGGUCGCAAUGUUGUCCUUCAUGGGUGGAUGGGCCUUUGUCGACUAGGGCAUGUGGAAAAGAUCAUUGUGCAUGUGGAGCAGAAGCAUGGGUGGAUUACAUGCAUGGAAGAAUUCUCCAGCAAACUUCAUCAACUAGACGGCCAAACGAAACAUAAGCCUAUUGGGCCAGUUCAUGUAGCUCUCAUCGAUGACGGUGUGGCUAUCCAGGAGCUGCCCAUCGAAUGCCCCGUGGGGAUCACUGGAUACAGCUGCCAUACCCAGCCAGGCAGCCCUUCUAGCUCGCGGUCAAGUAGCCCUACUCGCUCCCGGUCAAAUAGCUUUAUUCGCACCCGGCCGCAUUAUCAGUCAAGCGGAGGUCAUGGCACGACAAUGGCUGUUCAAAUAUACCGAAUCUGCCCCAAAGCCAGGCUACACGUCAUCAAACUGGAGGACAACACCAACUCCAGGGAUGGAAAACGGUCCAUUACUCCCGAGAGUGCAGCACACGCUAUUAACAACGCUAUUGACAGCCAGGCCGAUAUUAUAUCCAUGUCCUGGACGAUUGAUAUUCCUUCUGACAUUGACGAGAACCCCAACUUCAGAUUGCUGCGGGAGGCGUUGCAACGGGCCGACCAGAGGAAUAUCCUCAUGUUCUGCUCCGCCAGCGAUCGAGGCGCCAAUAACCCUGCCACAUUCCCUGCUCAAGCCAGUGCCAAUAUCUUUCGGAUUGGGGCUGCAAAGCAAUCGGGGCAGAUGGUGGACAAUGUCGGUAGCCCGGACAACGUCGACUACACCUGCCCCGGGGAUUCGGUUAACACCGAGUGGUUAGAUCCCUCUGGGGUUAUGAGGACAGACUGGCACACUGGCUCUUCGGUAGCGACGGCCCUUGCAGCCGGCCUGGCAGCUCUGAUUCUCUACUGUGUUCAGGUACUUGUGGCCCGUGGCGACACUGAGGACGAGCUCCAGAAGGCGAGUGCUUCCCUUAAGAAACUCAAAACCCCCGAUGGGAUGAAAAAGGCGCUUGGUGUGAUGCAGGAUGAUGCGAAGUAUCUCGCCGUUUGGAAUAUCUUU